AAUCUUUCAUUAAUUAGACUUUUCCAAAAUUACCCAAAAUUGCUGUGAGAUUAAAGUGAAAAAUCUCUCUUUGUUUUGACACAUUUUGUUCUUUCGCUCUCUCUGCGAAUAAGGCUCUUUUUUUUUUUAAAUCUCUAAAUAGAGGAGGGCUGUUCGCAGAGAGGGUUAAAGAAUUACAUAUUAUUAUUAACAAUGGCGAUAAUUGGUUCUAGUAAGGUGCUGUUUGGUUUCUUUGCUGCAUUUGUCCUAAUUUUCUCCAUCUUUUUACCUACUGUUCAGGGUCAAGAAUCUUUUGCUCCGACCCCUGCUCCGGCAAGUGACGGAACAACAAUUGACCAAGGGAUUGCCUACGUAUUAAUGUUGUUGGCAUUGGCAGUAACAUACUUAAUUCAUGCCGCUGAUGUCCCUUUUGGUGUCUAAAAAAGUUUGAUUCAGUGAAGAUAAUUAAUUUCUUGAGUGCCUAUGAUUUUGGGACAUAUAUAAGGUUGUUGUGGUGUGUCUAGGACAUGUAAAUUUUGUCAUUUUUAUUCAAAGAUUCUAACUUUUGACAAGCUAUUUGUUCUGAGAUUUUCCAACAGAAUUUAUAUAAUUCCACAUUAUUUUAACCUUUUUCUUA